ACCCAAAAAGUCAAACAGACUUAUUGUAUCCUUGAAAUCAUUUACUCAUCGAUUGAUUCAUUGAUUCAUUUGUUGACUGAAGAAGAUAUCGGAAGAUAUAAUAACAAUGUCUGUGGUCUUCAAGAUAGCAAUCAAUCGGACAUUUGCCACAAGAAUGGCCUCAAUGGCGGCCCAUAUGUCCCGCAGACAUGCGUCGGCAAUGCCGUUGACCUUUUCAUCCCCGUAUCAGGUUUAUUACAAUGCGGUUGAUGUCAAACAAGUAGACGUCCCAUCAUUUAGUGGUAGUUUUGGUAUACUUCCCAAUCAUGUGCCGACUUUGGCUGUCCUUAAGCCCGGUUUGCUUACAGUUACUGAAAAUGAAGGAAAUGUUAAAAAAUAUUUUGUAAGCAGUGGAACCAUUACCAUCAAUGAUGACUCUUCAGUACAAGUGUUGGCUGAAGAGGCCGUUCCCAUUGAGAAUCUGGACAGGAGUGCAGCUCAGGCAGCCUUAAGUCAAGCACAACAGGAAUUGAAUUCAGCCUCAAGUGAAGUAGCGAAGGCCGAGGCUAUGAUUGCCGUUGAAGUUAGUGAAGCAUUAGUUCAGGCGUCCAACUGAUGGACAGUUGAUUAUCAAUAGAUUGUCUUUAAUUAUUAAAUAUAACAAAAUCUUAAUUGAUUAUCAAAUCUUUAAUUUUGUUUGUCUAUAAUUAGUUCACCAAAAGUUAAUUAGCGAUAACUAAAAAAUAAU